CAAAAGUUGCAAUCUCUCAUCGUACUUACUACUUUCGCAGAAUCGUACAUAGACUAAAUAAAUAAAUAAACAUUCACUAAUAUCGAAUAAAAAAAAAGUAUAAAACAAAUCUUGCGCCACUACAACACAACUUUGUUUCAAAACAGAAAUAAAACAACGCGCCUGUUUGCUUCGAUUGAAAUGGAAGAUGAAUGAUGAUGAUAUCAAUGAUUACGUUCCCUCACUUUUAAAUCCAAGGAGAGUGAAAAUACAUGAUGGUGAUUUAUCACUAACACAGAAUUCAAUUAUAAGCCGCUCUUCUCUGUCUCUAAAACGAAACAAUGGUUUGAAGCUUAAGCCUAAGAAACGGAUUUAUCCGUCUGCAAACAAGGAUAAAGAAAAUUCGCAAAAUGUACAAAACUUACUUUCCCAAUUUACUGCUACCAAAAAUAUACCAAAGACGGUGGAUAGACACAGUCUAGGAUUCUCAGCGAUUGAAGAUCUGCAGAGUGAGGGCAAUCAGUUUGAAAGCUGCUCGUUCACCCUCGCAGAUGCACCCACUAAACCUAGGCUGACCAGCGUAGAAACUCCUUUUCUGUCUGUGUCUUCCCACACAGAAUUAGAACGAGGUGGCGACUGUAGUGACUACAAAACAGCCUCCACAGUCAUUCUAAAUAAUGUUAAACCUACCAUAUCUGUAUCUUUCGGCAUCGACAACUGCCAAAGUGUUGAUGUCAAAGCCAAAAAGAGCUCCAUAAAGAGGAUACUGUUUUCACAUAACAACGACAACACAUUGGUCGACUGCGAAAUUGUAGAAGGAUCGCAAGCAAGCUCAGAAAGUGAUCACGACGACAAAAUGAACGAACUCCUUUCUCCCAACUCAUUGAAGAGAUCCGCCGUCACUGUCAAUCUAGAAAUUAAAAAGAAAAAGCCGUCAUCGACGGAGACAGCAGAAAACAAAGUUCUAAUUUUAAACACAAGUGCCAUCGAGAAGAUAUCCCAUGUCAUCGUACAACCACCAAAUUACAAAUUAGUGAAGGGGAAAAUUUUGGACAAGAAUAAAUUUAAAAGCGGCACUAAGAAAAAUUCAGUGUUUGGUUUUAACGCUAAUAAUUAUGGAAAUGUGCGUGAUAGGUUGAAGCAGCAAUCUAUUGACAGUUUUUUCCCGAAACGUACGAAUGUUGUAAACUUGAAAGUAUCGGAAGGGAGAAGUCUAGCUGAGCCUGUGUCUGAUGAGAAGACUCGAGUGAAUAAACAUGGUGAUGAGGAGGUCAUGAGUAGGAAUUCAGGUGUAGCUGACGCCAUUAAAAGCGACAGAAAUCGUAGAUCGCCUUACAAAGGGUCUCGGAUUGAAAAUGAAGCGUCAAGUAGGACGAUCAGAGUUCUUUCUCCAGGGAAAGAAGUGUCUCCUCGGCCGGAGAUUAACACUUCGUGUUCGUCUCCCCGUGGGAAGGAAAUACCUAGCUCACACAGCCCUCGGAAGGGUGUAGACUCCAUACAGUUCAGUUUGCCGCCUAAAUCUGUCUCUACGAAGAGAUCUGUGUCUACCAGGAAUAUACCGCACCAUAAGAUCGUAGCAGGCACACACUUUGCGGUGGACGCGUUCUCGUACGGGGAGAUUCCGAACGUGAAGCAUUACUUCCUCACGCAUUUCCAUUCGGACCAUUACUCCGGCUUGAAGAAGAGCUUCAAUAAAUUAUUGUUUUGUUCGAAAAUUACCGCUGAUCUGUGCAUAUCACGGCUGGGCGUGAAUCCAAAGUGUAUCCACGUGAUUAAGACCGACGAAACUAUUCGGAUCGACGGCGUCGAGGUUACUGCUGUGGAAGCCAAUCAUUGUCCGGGGGCAGUGAUGUUAGUGUUUACGUUGCCUAAUGGAAAGACGCUGCUUCACACCGGCGACUUCAGAGCCUCGCCCAUCAUGGAGUCCUAUCCUAUAUUCUGGAAUAAGGAUAUUCAUACUAUCUACUUGGAUACCACAUACUGCAACCCCCGAUACGACUUUCCGACACAAGAACAGAGUCUAGAGAUGGCACUGUACAUUCUGCGGCAGAAGAAAGUGGCGCUUGAGAAGGUUGGCAAGAAGUUCUCGUCCGUGCUCAUCGUUUGCGGCACAUAUACCAUUGGUAAGGAGAAGUUCUUCCUGGGCAUGUCCCGUCGCGUGGGGUGCGCGGUGUGGGCGUGCCCCGAGAAGGAGCGCGUGCUGGCGGCGGUGGAGGCGCGCGGGCCGCCCCGCGCCGCGCCCCGCGACUGCCAGCUCCACGUCGUGCCCAUGCGGGACCUCACGCACGAAAAACUGCGCAGCUACCUGGACAGUAUGAAGGGCGCGUUCUCUGAGAUAGUGGCGUUCAAGCCGAGCGGCUGGGAGAAUGGCAAGUCCAGCAGCAUCGAGAAGGAUAUGGUCACCAUACACGGUAUACCGUACAGUGAACAUUCAAGUUUUUCGGAGUUGAUUCGGUUCGUGAAGUUCCUGAAGCCGAAGCAGGUGGUGCCCACUGUCGACAUCUCCGGCGGAGUCAGGGCCGUACAGAAAUACUUCCCCUGCCCGCUGGUACAUAAGGAGGAGCUUCAGUGCCAGAGCAAGGUGACGGACUUCUUCAGCAUACAGAACCAACAAAAGGUGCCGGCCGUCACCUGAACCAAAGAUGUGUUCUGGAUGAUUUAUCUAAGUUGCCACUACUUCACCAGUCUGUGAUUUUUUGAUAUGAUAUUAUUGUAUAUUAGGUUACUAUUUAUAAAAAGUUGUUCGAUUUAUAUUAAACAUUAUUCAAAUAA